AUGUCUGCCGACACCACACCUAUAUCGUCGGCGCGCUUCGCUGCCGCCCUGACAGACCUAUCCAUCGAAAUGCUCCAUCUCAAAACUCUCGAAAUUCGCAAUUCCAUCGCUCACCUUCAAUACUCGAACGACCAGCUCCGUCCCUUUGCCGAUGGCACACAAACAGCUGUUUCAACAUCAGAGACAUCGGGGCCAUCGGGAGCGGCCUCGAACAACGACCCGGACCAGGACUGCAUAGACGCGAUCAAGGAAAAUGACACGGUGAUAGACCGUAUGGCUGAGCGAAUAGCUAUCAUACGCGCAGAGGUCGAAGGCAGGGGCCUCAGCUGGGAUGAGUUCAGAAGCGCCGAGGAGGUUCUGGCCGCCAAGGCUGGGCAAGAGGCCAAGAACACAGCAACACCGACAGUCAACGGUCAUGCAGACCAUGCUCAAGAUCAAGGCAACUCGCCAUGGACAGACGGGACGUUCCAGGCGGGCACGAUUCGGAAUGGGGAGAUCACCAUGGACCAGCGACCAGGGCAGCCCUCUGGUGGGAGCUUGAGUGAUGAACAGCUGAGGCAGGUCUUCGAGGAACGAAUGGGAAAUUUGGACACCGAUGAAGACGAAGGCGGGAUGCAUCUUUGA